AUGCGCGAGUCUUCCUUUAGGCUGGGUCCCUACGACAGCUGUGAGAUUGAUUGGUCAAUUUUCCAUGGCAUGGACUUCACUACAUCUUCGACCAUAUCGACCGCCGAAACCCCUGGUUCGAUAACACCAAAUUUCCUGUCUCGUACUGUUUCCGGCACCACGCAGCUUGAUUUUCCAUCAAGCCUCUCCAACAGUAUGCUAUCUAGCAGUUGUUUUGAAAACUCCUUCUCGCAAACGAACAUUGAGGAUGCCAUCACGUCCAUCGACCCGAAGGCAGCAGACCUUUGCCAUCGCUGGCUCUCCAACUUUUCGCCUCGCUGGCCCGAGGAGAAAGACUUCGCUGCAUUGGAGCAACUUACCGGCGAAUCCGUCACCAGGAUCAAAACCUGGUUUAGUCAAAGACUAUCCCAACUCGCGCCAUCACCAUCCUUCCCGAGCACCAGCAGGCAACACCUGCAGCUAGCCUCUCCUCCGUCAUCCACCCCACCAACCCCUUCCUCCGGUUCUCCAAUCGCCGUAGCAGCCACCUCCCGAAACGCAGCGUCUCCUCGAGCCUUCAAAGCGCAGACCCACUGCUGCACGCCGACUCCCCACCCGGAGCGCCUCCGCACCCGCGACCCAUCACGGCCCUUCCAAUGCACACGCGCCUGCGGCCGCUCCUUCCCGCGCAAAGGCGAGUGGACCAAGCACGAGCAGAAGAGCCGCCCGCAGCGCGUCUGGCUGUGCACCGUCGGCGCCGCCGUCUUCUUACCACCCCCUUCGUCCUCCUCGUCCUCCAGCUCCUCCUCCUCCACCACCGCCUUCGCGGACGAACCAUCCAGCCGCCGCAGCCGCCGCCUCUGCGCCUCGUGCGGCGAGCCCGACCCCACCAGCUCGCACCUCGUCUCCAAACACUGGGCUACUACUACUACCGCCACCGCUGCCGACGAGCUGCUGGAAAACGACAGCACGACGUCGACGAUACCGCGCUGGUGCCGCAAGCAGUUCAUGCGCAAAGACCACCUCCUCGUCCACCUGCGCACAGUGCACGGCGUGGGGGCGGCCGACGACGACGCCGAGACGAUGGCGUACUACGGGGCCGUCGGCGAGCUCGAGGUCGGCGAGGAGCUGGAGGGGUGGUACCGCUGGUGCGGGUUCUGUCGGCGGGACGACUGCUUCAGGGGGUGGAGGGAGAGGGUGGAUCAUUUGGGGAGGCAUUUCAAGAAGGAGGGGAGGGGGAUGGGGGAGUGGCGGGGGUUUGUUGAUGAUGAUGGUGGUGGUGGUGGUGGGGAGGAGGGUGCGGGGGGUUGA